GCGUUACCGAUCACUCACCCUGGUGAUGUCUCCGCGAUAACGUCCGUACCACGGUUAUUCCGCCCUCGUCCGUCCGCCGCCGCGUUUCCCCGAAGAGAAUAAGAUCAUCGCCGCGCCGUUCCCGUCCGCCCCGCAUCCGCCGCGAGUUCCGCGCGCGCCGUCGUCCACCGGCAGCCGUCCGCGGAGCGUUCGAGUCGCGUCAUCACGUCAUCGCGCGCGCGCGCGCGCGAGCGCGCGACAGUAACACCGCACCAGCUCCGUCGACACCAGCAACACGGAUCCGAUAACGUCCGCGGGACUUGUCGUCGUUACGAGGCGCUUAUGCCUGUACACCGUCGGUUUUCUUCCACCGUUGUUUGCGUUCAACCGCUUCGGACCCGUCCGGUGCAUCGCGUCGUAUACCGCGACGUAACCGCGGUACGCGACAUACCGUGCCGUGAAAAACGUAUCCGAAACGGUGCAUCGCCGCACACUUGUCACGCGUCCCGCGCGACCAACACACCGCCACCGUCCGAUCGAAUCUUGUCUGGUGGCGCGCUACCGUUGAUGCGGUUGACCGGCGGCGGCCGUCGAUUCCAUAGGUCCACGAGGUGCAGGUCACCAGGAGUACUUAUAUGAGCUACUUUCCGGGCUCCGGCGAUUUGGCCGGCACGAGGACAGCGCCGGACGACUACAACGGCUUCGACGCGCACGCGAAAGACAGAAAUAAUAUAAAACCCGAGAAUACGUAUCUUCAAGAUGUUCAAGAUGAUUGUUUUUACAACACUGAACCAAACACUUCGAUGCAAAGUGAUGAUACAGAUAUAAACGCUAACAAUACCAGUGAGGACAAGCGACCUAACUACUUUCAAGAAUCUCAUCAUAUUUCUAUGCACGAGCCAUCUACCACGGAGUUGGUGCCUUUGUCAAUUUAUCCAACGAACACCGAAUUACAAAAUAAUGGUGUCGUACAUACGGGUGACGUUACUAGCAAUACGGUUACUUCAUUGGGGUCACCUGAGGAACGGUCACCGACAUCAACUGACCAACAGCAAUCACAGCAGCCUAGUACUGCGACUUUGCCCGCGAAACCACCCUACUCGUACGUAGCUCUGAUCUCGAUGGCCAUUGAACACUCGCCAUACAAACGAGUCACGUUAUCAGAAAUUUAUAAGUACAUCACGGCUAAGUUUCCAUACUUCGAAAAGAAUAAAAAAGGUUGGCAGAAUUCAAUAAGACACAAUUUGUCUCUGAACGAGUGUUUUGUCAAAAUACCUAGAGAUGGCGGUGGUGAUAGAAAAGGCAACUAUUGGACUUUAGAUCCAAAAUACGAUAACAUGUUUGAAAACGGAAACUAUAGAAGACGUCGGAGAAUGAAAAGACCUUAUCGAACAACACCUUACAGUAGACCUGGGCCUUAUUUUGGACCUGAUUAUAGUAGAGGUGUUUUAGGAUCACAUCCUACAAAUUUUAAUUCAAAUCCAAAUAUAACGCCGCGAUUUGAUCACAGCAACAGUUGGCCUAUAUCGCCUUAUUCGGCAGUUCCUCAAACACAUCAAUUACAUUUUCCUUUAUCAUCUCAAUUACAACCUGUGCAGUCUGUUCAGAUCUCAUCGAUGAAUCAUCCGAAUUACAACCAUUUACCAACAUCAAUGGCGAGUCCUAGUAUGACUUUUGGUGGAUCAUAUCCCCAAUGUCAACGGCGUCCGCAACAAGAGGUCUUACCGGAUACUACUCUUCAGUAUUCCUAUUGGGCAACAUCAACUUCUUCGCCGGAUCACAAUAUGUUAUCCGGUAUAACACAUUCAGAUUAUAAACAACCACUGAAAGAAGAACAUUUGAAUCUUAUGGAGAAAACACAAGAUACAUUAAAUCUUGAUCAUUUCGAAGUACAGCCUCCAAAUGUCGAUUUCGAAGUGGCAGAUUCGCGACAAAAAUGUUAUUUAUGAAAAAAAAAUUAUAUGUAAAUAUUUAUUAACAAUUAUAUUUAUUAAUGGUUCCAUGAUAUAUUUUUUAUAUUAUUCAGUAUUAAUAAGUAGGUAACCAAAAAACGUAAGAUGGAUUUUUACACGAAUAAAAAGUUUAUAUAUUUAUUAAUUAGGUAAUGAAGUACUUAUAUUGUGGUCAGUGUUACUAAGGGGAAUUGAAGAGGCAGGCUGAGAUUUAUAUGCUUAUAAACCUAUGAUCAAUAAUCACGUAAUAAAAUUAAUGCUAAUUUAUUUUAAUUUCACAGAAAAGUUAUUUAAUAUUGUUCGUUAGUUAUUUGUUAAACGAAUAGUUAAUAAUUUGUAAAUAUCAACUGGUUCAGUAGCUAUUUUUCAUUCUUUGAGUUUGUUUGAAAAUAUACUUAAUGUUACUUGUACAUUCAUAAGAUAUAGCUUUAUAGAUUGAAUUUUAAUUUAUUAAAAAUACAACUAUUAA